AUGGCGGGUAAUUUUCAUAAUUACUUGAAAGAUGAAGAUGAAGAUGAUGGUAAAAACCAUAAUAUUUUCCGAAUCAUGAGGGAAAUAGACGAACAAGAGGAAAAUAGUCAGUAUAACAGCUACAGCGAAUCAGAUGACGACACUUCUAGUGACUCUGAUAGGAGUUAUCAAAGCAGAUUGUUGUACUAUCUUACUCCCGUUAGAUGUUCUCAUCCAAUCAACGGUAAAAUUCAUGUUGUAAGCUCUUUUUCAUUUGGUCGCGAUAACAUCAGAAUAAAUGAAUCAGAUGAAAGUGAAGAAUAUCAAACCGAUGAUGACGUAGGAGAAGAGCAAGCCGCAAUUUUUCAAAAUCUAAAUGACGCAAAUAAUGGCGACAAUGUCACCGACGAGAGUGACGCCUACGAGAACGACACUGACGAGAACGCCAUCGACGAGAACGCUAUCGACGAGAACGCCAUCGACGAGAACGCCAUCGACGAUAACGCCACCAACGAGGACGCCACCGGCGACAAGGCCUCCGACGACAACACCAACGACGACAACGCCACCGACUACAAUGCCAUCGAUUACAACGCCAUCGAUUACAAGGCCAACAACGACAACGCAAUCAACGACAACGCCACCGACUACAACUCCACUGGGGAAAAUGAACCACAGCAAAGCACGAGCCAAAAAAAUAAAGAUGUUAAGGAGAGGAACCAAGCCCAGCCAGCUCUUGAUGCUCAAAAUCAAUCCACGAGCGAUUUUAACAAGGAACACGAUCAAGCUACGAAAACAAACGAACAAUCAGCGUUGAAUCAACCCAAAAAUACCACUGAUGAACAAAACCAGCAACCGCAACGUUCUGACGAUGACAGUGACGAUUACGAAGAAAAUAUGAGUAUUUUCGCAAAGGAAUUAGAAGAACUUUUUUUGCAUGCAAUCAGGCUGGAAGAAUAUAAAAUGCUUAAACAUAGUCUUCUAGUUGAAAAGAUGUUCAACAAGAAGAAGAAGCAAAUGCGACGAUUUGACUUGGAAGAAACUGAUACGAGCUCAGAUUCAGAGGAAGACGAACAAUUAAAAGAGUAUGAAAAAUAUUUUCAAGAUUUUGAACCUCAAGAAUAAGUGGCUAGAUUGAGAAAUUGGUAUGACAUGAUGCAUUUUAUUUAGAUUAAGUCAAAAUAUUUAUACUUAACCAGCUGUUUUCCG